AUGGACGUGGAGUGGGGCGGCGGCGGGGCGGCCUCGCCUUCCUCAGGGGGCCGCGGGCCGCGGGGCGAGAGCGGCCGGCGGCGGGGAGGAGAGGACGAAGAGGACUUGGGAGAGGAGGGCGAGCGGCCCUGCCCCGCAGGCGGAGGGGAGGCCCCGCAUCUCCCCCCCGACCAGGCCGCCGGGCCCCCGCCGCACCGCGUCGCCUGGGCCCAGGGGCUGGCGCGGCGCCUCCGAGGUCUGUGGGGUACGAGACUAACAGAAGAAAACACAAGCAGAGAGAAAUACCUAAAAAGUGUUUUACGAGAAUUAAUCACAUAUUUGCUUUUUCUUCUGGUCCUGUGCAUCUUGUCUUAUGGAAUGGUGAGUUCUAAUACGUAUUACUACACAAGGGUGAUGUCUCAGCUCUUUCUAGAAACGCCAGUAUCAAAAAUGGAGAAGACAAACUUCAAAACUAUGUCCACAAUGGAAGACUUCUGGAAGUUCACUGAGGGCCCUUUGCUAGAUGGGCUUUAUUGGGAAGUGUGGUACAACAAUAAGACAGUGGCAGAAAACAGAAGUUUCAUCUACUACGAGAACCUGCUUCUGGGAGUGCCUCGCAUCAGACAGCUGAAAGUGAGGAAUGGCUCGUGUUCAAUACCUGAAGAUUUGAAGGAUGAAAUUAAGGAGUGUUAUGAUAUGUACUCUGUGGGUAAUGAGGACACUGCUCCGUUUGGCCUCCGCAAUGGAACUGCCUGGACUUACACCAGUGAAAAAGAUAUGAAUGGGAGCAGCUACUGGGGACUGAUUGCAACAUACAGUGGAGGGGGAUAUUACCAGGACCUGUCCAGAAGCAGAGAGGAGACAUCUCUGUUGCUUGGUGUCCUUAAGAAUAACCUGUGGCUUGAUAGGGGCACAAGAGCAACAUUUAUCGAUUUUUCAGUGUACAAUGCAAAUAUCAAUCUCUUCUGUAUUGUAAGGUUAUUGGCGGAGUUCCCGCCGACAGGAGGCGUGCUUACCUCUUGGCAAUUCCAGCCAGUGAAGUUGAUUCAUUACAUUUCCACUUUCGAUUUCUUCCUGGCUGCCUGCGAAAUUGUAUUUUGUCUCUUCAUCCUUUAUUAUGUGGUGGAAGAAGUCCUGGAAAUUCACAUUCACAGACUGUAUUAUUUUAGGAGCCUCUGGAACUGCCUUGAUGUUCUCAUCAUUGUGCUGUCUGUGGCUGCAAUAGGAGUUAACAUCUAUCGAACAUCCACUGUGGACAAGUUACUGAAAACACUGCUAGAGAAUCAAAAUCGCUUCCCAAAUUUUGAGCUGUUAGCAUACUGGCAAACAGAGUUCAGCAAUAUUGCAGCAGUCACCAUGUUUUUUGUCUGGAUUAAGCUCUUCAAGUUUAUCAGCUUCAACCGGACAAUGAACCAAUUAUCUACCACUAUGUCGCGAUGUGCCAAAGAUGUCCUUGGUUUUGCCAUUAUGUUUUUCAUCAUUUUCAUAGCCUAUGCUCAGCUAGCUUACCUUGUGUUUGGCACCCAAGUCGAUGACUUCAGUACCUUCCAGGACAGUGUCUUUGCUCAGUUCCGCAUCCUGUUGGGAGAUUUUGACUUUACAGAGGUUGAAGAAGCGAACAGAGUUUUGGGACCCGUUUAUUUCACCACAUUUGUGUUCUUUAUGUUCUUCAUCCUAUUGAACAUGUUUCUGGCCAUUAUCAACGAUACCUACUCAGAAGUCAAAUCAGAUAUGGCACAGCAGAAGGCCGAGAUGGAACUGUCUGAUCUUAUAAAAAAGGGAUACACUAAAGCCAUGGUGAAGCUAAAAUUGAAAAAGACACCCGUUGAUGACAUUUCAGAGAGCCUGCGACAAAGUGGAGGCAAAUUAAACUUUGAUGAACUGCGGCAAGAUCUGAAGGGGAAGGGGCACACUGAUGCAGAGAUUGAAGCCAUCUUUACGAAAUACGACCAAGACGGGGAUCAGGAACUGACAGAGCUGGAGCAUCAGCAAAUGAGAGAUGACUUGGAGAAAGAGAGGGACUUGGAGCUAGACCGAAGCUCUCUGAAACGCCCACUGAGUGGCCGCAGCUUCCCACGAAGCCUGGAUGACUCAGAAGAGGAUGAUGACGACGACAGCGGGCACAGCUCAAGGAGGAGAGGCAGCAGCUCCAGUGGAGUUUCAUACGAAGAGUUUCAAGUGUUGGUGCGACGUGUGGAUCGUAUGGAGCAUUCCAUAGGCAGCAUCGUUUCCAAGAUAGACGCUGUCAUUGUGAAGCUGGAAGCAAUGGAGAGAGCAAAACUGAAGAGGAGAGACGUCUUGGGGAGGCUGCUUGACGGGAUCACGGAGGAUGAAAGGUUGGGCCACGGCAAUGAAAUCCACAGAGAUCAAAUGGAGAGACUCGUCCGAGAAGAACUGGAGCGUUGGGAAUCGGACGAUGCGGCGUCCCAAGUGAGCCACCGACUGGGGACUCCCCUGGGACUCAAUGGUCACUCACGAGCUAGGAAUUCCCGGCCGUCCUCCUCACAGUCCGCAGAAGGCGCGGAGGGGGGAGGGGCUGGAAAUGGCGGGAGCAACGUUCACGUCUAG